UUCUCCCUCCCUCCCUCCCUCUCUCUCUGCUACAGAAUUUGAGGGACUUGAGGCUUUGGUCCGAGGAAAAAAAUAUUCAGAGCGAGAUCUAGCUAUUCCUGUUAUUUUUUUCCCCUGGGUUUUUGCUCAAAUUCGGAAUUGGAAGCCCUUUGUCAAAAGGGGUCUUCUCCUGCGCAAUCUUUUCGCUCUCUUCUUCUCGGUUGUGUCGGCGGUUUGUGGUGAGUCUUUCUUUCUUUCGGAGCUAUGGCUGUUGAGGUCGCUGGAUUUGAGAUGGUUCAAGGGCCGGUGGAAGUGGAGAACGGUUCUGAAGGAGACAAAUCUGUUUUGGUUGGGAAGGAGAAUGGAAAAUUAGAACGAGAUUCUGGAGUUGCUGAAUCAAUAAAGUUUGGAUCACAUGGAGAUGAACCUGUUAAAGGAGCUAGAGUUGAAGGGAAUGGAGUUUCAGAUUCCAGUGUCCCAAAGGGUGCGGUGGAAGAGUGGCCUGCGCCUAAGCAAAUAUACUCCUUUUAUUUUGUCAGGUUUCGCUCUUAUGAUGAUCCAAAUGUAAAAUCCAAGAUUGAUCAGCUUGAUAAAGAGAUUAACAAGAAAAAUCAAGCCCGAUUUCAGAUCACUGAAGCGCUAAAGGCGAAGCGGGCAGAACGGGCAGAGUUGAUUUCUCAGAUUAAGGCUUUGAGAGAUGAUGACAGGCAAUUUCGGAAUCUUUUGGAUGAGAAAAGAAAAGAAAUUGAACCCCUCCAACAAGCACUUGGUAAGCUGCGUUCUACCAACACUGGUGGCCGCGGUGGCUUAUGCUCAUCUGAGGAGGAACUCAAUGAGAUGAUCUAUGGCUUAAAUUAUCGCAUACAACAUGAGAGCAUUCCAUUGUCUGAGGAAAAGCAGCUCCUUCGAGAAAUCAAACAACUUGAGGGCACAAGGGAGAAAGUUAUUGCCAAUGCUGCUAUGAGGGCCAAGUUGCAGGAUUCCAUGGGGCAGAAAGAAACAAUUCAAGAUCAGGUUAAGCUUAUUGGCGGGGAUCUGGAUGGAGCAAAGAAGGACAGGCAACUAGUUCUAGCCAAAAUCAACAAACUUGAUGAGGAAUUAAAAGCCAUAGACAAGGAUAUCAAGUCUUUGCAGGAUGAACUGGCAGCUGUGACUCAGAAGAGGGAAACCGCUUAUGAGAGCAUUCAGAAGCUGAGAAAACAACGUGAUGAAGGGAAUUCAUAUUUCUAUCAAAGUCGGACGCUUUUGAAUAAAGCACGGGAGCUUGCUGCAAAGAAAGAUAUUAAUGCUCUCGAGGAACUUUCACAACAAGAGGUUGGUAAGUUUAUGUCACUCUGGAGUAGUGACAAGGCUUUUAGGAACGAUUAUGAGAAAAGACUUCUGCCCUCAUUGGAUUCGCGGCAGUUGAGCCGGGAUGGACGGAUGAGGAACCCUGAUGAAAAGCCACUGCUGGAAGAACCAAAACCUGUUGAAACUACUUCAGUGCCAAAAGCCAGCGUAAAACAGCUGAAAGAGGAGCCCAAAUCUUCUCCACAAGAUACUUUGCCUGGCGAGAACGUUCAGAAAGAAACUGCAAACAAAGGAAGAGACUCAAAACCCAAUCUGGAUAAGAAGGAUGCACCUGAAGUCAGCGAACCUGAAUUUGUAAAUCCCCAGAAGGAGACUCCUGCCAAAGAGCCUGAAAUCGAUCCAUUAAAGUUGAAGGAGAUGAAAAGAGAAGAGGAAAUGUUAAAAGCCAAACAAGCUCUAGAAAGGAAGAAGAAGUUAGCUGAGAAAAAUGCAGCAAAAGCAGCUCUCAGAGCACAAAAGGAAGCUGAGAAGAAGCUUAAGGAUCGGGAGAAGAAAGCAAAGAAGAAAGCAUCUGCUGCAUCUGGUCCCAAUUCUGAUGAACCAGAGGAUGCAGCAGUAGCGGAAGCUGCAGAAGAAGAAAAGGUUGCAGAAACUGUCGACACCCUGGCUCCCGUGAAGGAGAAGGUUUCAAAGGAGACUACCAUCAGGUCGAGGAGUAGAACAAAAGGUCCUGAAUCGAUCCCGAAAGCCAUUCUGAAGCGAAGAAGGUCAAAUAACUACUGGCUAUGGGCUUCAUGUGCCGCUGUGGUACUUUUGCUGGUGGCGGUUCUUGCAUACUACUAUCAAAGUUUAAUUUAAGAGGUUGUAAUAUGUAAGCCAGUUUUUUAACUUGUCGAGAGUAGACUAAGUUAAUUUGUUCCAUACACACUGUUGGGGUUAGGGGGAAUGGAUCAAACACACUUUUAUUUUGCUUUGCUUGUUUCUGUUGGGAGAAGCUGGUGCACACAUUUUAUUAGUUUGUCUCUGUUUUGAAAUUUUGUUCAGAUUACAUGAGAUGUUACCGGAUGCUUAAAUUUUAGUUGAUUGUUCAGAGGGAAAUGGUUCUUAA